GGCUUGUUGAGCCGCGGUGGCGUUCGGUGAGCCGGUGACCAGCCCACUUGUUCUCUUCUCUUCACCUGAAUGAUUCUGCAAGUUCGCGCUGGAGGCUGGCGGGCUGAAAUGCAGCGAGCCAUUCCUACACUGGUUGGUCCGCCCCACAUACCGCUCCGAGACGCCAUUCUGCCUGUGCUAUUCUUUUUUUUCUUAUCCGACCGAUAACAGCAGCCCAGAGCAUUGAUUUCUUUCGCCUUUGCACUUCUGCAGCUCUUCAAUCAAUCACGUCAAAUUCGGUACUGGACUCUCUGGGACCGACCGAUAUAAUUGCAAUCUUUCAAUAGUGCUAUUAUAUUCUCAUAUCCAUUGUAUCAUAGACGGCGACUCUCUCACUUCGUUUUUUUCAUCCGUCAGGACCUCCAAGAUACCCAAGGCCGUUCCUCUUCUUCGGCGCAAAACUUCUUCUCCAAACUACACACAUUCUCGUCGCCACCAUGUCCGGCUUCCAGAUCCCCGGACUGGGCCAAGCAAAGGCGAAUGAGGUGCUGCCGCCGCUUCCAGCUGAUCUCGCAAUUGCCGCUGCGAGCGCCGCAGAAGACAGCGAGAUGACUGGCGCAAAUCCAGCCACGCUCGAAACAACUUCGUCAGCCACAGAACAACAUAGCGAGGCCGCCAAGGACAGCACCUCUGACCCAGAUGCUAUGACAAUCGACAAACCUGAAAGUCCGCCUUCUUUGACACACGCUCUGGAAGCAGCCCUUGGUGGCCUAGACAAUCCUGAUGCGAACCAACAGGCUCCCGCACCCGAAGCAGAGCAGGUUCCCUUACAACCCGACCAAAGCGAACACCCCGAAUGGGAAAUCGACUCCUCUCCAUACGAAUCGUCAGACUCUAGCAGCUCUGACUCGUCAUCCGAUGAUGACGACUCUGACAAUGAGGGAUACGAACCUCUGGGCAUCGAAGAAACAGCACGGCUUCUGAUGGAGACAGAGGGAGGCUCUGAUGAUGAGGGAGACAGAGGGAAGGCUUCUGGGUCUGGAUAUGUACGGACAAAGAAUGAGAUUCCUGACGAAAUUAUCCCCAAGCCGGAUGUGACAAUCACCCCCGAGAUGGCAAUCGAGGAGCUCGGUGCCAUAGAGCAUAUUGUCGAAAAUAUCAUGCUCAUCAAGGCUUUCACCCCCGGAGAAUAUCAAGUCUUGGACAGCGGAUCUGUCCUGUGCAACGCAGAGAGGGUUGUCAUCGGAGUCAUCGCAGAGACGAUAGGCAAGGUAUUGCAGCCGAUGUACACGGUAAUGUUCAACACAGCAGAGGAGGUGAAAGAGCUUGGGUUGGAAGUCGGAACGAAGAUAUACUAUCCUGUCGAUCACGCAUCAUACGUUUUCACAGAACCUCUGAAAAAUCUCAAGGGCUCUGACGCUAGCAACCUGCACGAUGAGGAAAUCGCCGAUGAAGAAGUCGAGUUUUCAGAUGACGAGAAGGAAGCAGAAUACAAACGGUCAUUGAAGCAGAAGAAGAAGGACAAAUGGAAGAGCUCUGGUGGAAAGGAGGGUAAACAGCCUCACCCGCUGCGCCAGGAGCUCUCGGCAGAUGGUAGCCUGAACUACGAUGAGGAAGAUGAUGGUCCAUAUAAGCCACUGGCUCGACCUGUUGGCUUUGGAGCAGGCCCCUCAUCGACUGAGACUCAUGAGCCUUCUCCCAGACAAGGUUUCUCUAGAGGAGGUCGGAGAGGAGACUCUCGGGGCAGAGGCGGUCGUGGAAGAGGUUCUGGCCGUGGUGGUAGGGGAGGCUUUGGCCAACCCAGGGAUGGAUAUUCUCUCCCUCUUCAAAGCAACCAGAACCCUCAGGCAGGAGUGCCUGCGACCAGCUCAUGGAACUUCAACCCUGUUCCACCUACCAACUCCGUGCCAUCUCUUCCUCAGUUUGGCUUCCCCCUUCCUGGGUGGCCAGCACAGGGUCAGCCAGCACCUUCUGCAGUACCGCCCCCACCUCCAGGCUGGCCCGGAUCUGCCCAAGGACAAGGUCAGGCGCCCAAUGGCGGAGCAUUCGUCAAUCCCGCAUUCUUUGCAGCUCUGAUGAGCCAGAUUCAGGCACAAACCGGGCAGGGUGGGUGGAACGGCCAGGUCCCACCGCCUCCUCCGCCACCUCAGCAGUAAACGAUGUAGGCUGCAAAUUGCAUAUAAAAUUGGGAGUUUUGGGUCGAGGUAGAGUUUGGCUUUAGCUACUAUGUAGUAUUCAGGCGUUUGGGUACGGCUUCCGGAUGUGUGGACUUUGUUGGUCAUCUUCGAUGGUAUUGAUGGUUAGACUCAUGUAUCUCAUGCGUAUCUCAUGGUCAUAUCGGACAGCACUUGUACUUGAAGAUGCGCUAACCAGAUCAGAUCUUUGCAUAUAGUCGUAUGUAUACUGCGAUUAAAAAUAUGCAGACAUCUGUAAACAUACCUACAUACACACUAUCCCGUG